AGAGAGAGAGGUGAGGCUAUGGCAGAAGGGGCGUGAGCGGGAGGAGUUGGCAGUAAGAGGGCAGAUGUGGCUAUGGCGAUGGCGGAAGUGACGACGCGCCUUUAUUGCCGCCGCGAGCGCAAUGCAGAGGACCUCGGGAGUGACCAGUGAGCACAGGACUGGGGAGAGACAUUCAAUCCGAUUUUCCGGCAUUCAUUCAUGUCCGCAUUCAUGAGCUCGGUCUCUGUUCCUGCUGUUGCCUGCGCUUGUGGGACAAGGAAAGCAAAGAAAGGCAAGUGAAGAAGGCGAGGGGCAGGAAGAUUUGCCGAUCCGGGAGAGUGGGAAGCGCUUUGACAUAUGCCCGUCCAACCUUCCAGAGAGCGUUUGAGGAAAGCUCCGGUGAUUUUGAGCGAGUGAGACUUGUGCAUGCAAUAGGGAGGCGAGUGUACAAAAACCUUGGACUCGGUUUUGUAGUUUAGCGUCGACAGCGAGCGAGCGUGCGUGGGUGAGUGUGGGUCUUGAGUUGGGAAAGCGAAGGAGUUGGGGAGGAAAACCCUAGGGAGGAGGGGAGAUCAACAUCACCAGCAGUGUAGAGCCAAGAAGCGGAUCUGAGGUGACGCAAAAUCCGUGGGACGGUGCCAUGAGGGACUUUUCCGUGAUUGGGGAAUCUUUGAGCUCAAUAUUUUAGAACAGAACUUCGCGCUCCGCAUUUCACUGAGGAAAAGAUCGCGGGGUGCUCUUGGAGUGGUGCCAUGCGAGUGAGUCGGUAACUGGGAACUACAUUUGUUGUCUAAACUAGGUGGCCUGGGGAGGAUGCCAUUUGGAUCGACGUUGUGAAAGCCUCGGAGGAGCUGCGGGGACUCCAACACGCUUGCAUUGCGGGUUGGAACCUUACGGGGUGGGUGUACAGUGCUGCAUCUCUUUAAAUAGUGGUCUGGUCGGAGCUGGGGAGUGUUUUUCUCCUGCUUUUUAGGGCUUAUCCGUCUCCAGAAUGUCUGCGGAGGAAGUUCAAUGACAGUGUAGACAGACGAGCUGAUUUUUGGGGGGAAGCAGUGGGCGCCGGGCUCCGAUUUAUGGUGGGAAUGCACUUUGUUGGGUGGGCUGAGAACGUUGGAAGGGACUCGGGGGUCUCUUGAAGAUGAGAGAAUCACAAGUGCGCAGAUAUGGUUGCAUGUUGAACUGGAAAUCCGUGGUUGGCAUUGAAAGCAAAAGUAUUCCACAGCAUACGUGGAGUGCACCUUCGUUUAAUUCAUUUGAAACUACCACGGUGGCAUCGUGCGAGCUCAAUUGAGAGGGAACGGGUGACUAUGUGAAGCUAGAUCACUCAACAUCUGCCUGAAUGCAUCGACGGGGAGGAAAAGUCAGCAGGUGGUGGACGGGUGGGGCACUCAUGAACGGGAUUUUUCUCACUCGUUGUAGUAGGGAUGGGUGAAUGAAGCAGGUGGAAUCAUACAAUGGGCACUACGGAGCUCGAUCGGCACGGCUUAGUCCUUUCUUGCGUCGUGUUUGGCACAUGCUUUUCGGUGCUUAGCGCACUUUCGAUUGCCAUUCUUGUCGCUGUGAAUUGGCGCCCAUGGAGGAUAUACAGUUGGAUAUUCGCACGGAAAUGGCCAUGGUUUUUACAAGGCCCGCAGUUGAGCCUUGUCGCCGGACUUCUUUGCUGGGCCGCUUGGGCGUUCGUCCUAUCGCCGAUAGUCGUGCUCAUCUUGUGGGGUAUGCGGCUCAUCGCUCUUUUGGAUCAUACCACCAUUGGACUCGCAGUGAUUAUGGCGGGCACGGCUCUUCUGCUAGCUUUUUACGCCAUUAUGUUAUGGUGGCGAACGCAAUGGCAGAGCUCCAGAGCCGUCUUCAUCCUGCUCUUGCUAGCAGUGACUCUUCUUUGUGGGUACGAAUUCGCUGCUGUUUAUGUUAGUGCAGGAAGGCCUGCAUCUCAUCGAUACUCACCAUCAGCGUUUUUCUUCGGGGUCUCGGCGAUAGCAAUGGGAAUCAAUAUGCUCUUUAUAUGCAAGAUGGUCUUUCACGGAUCUGGCCUGGAUGUGGAUGAGUAUGUGAGGCGGUCAUACAAAUUUGCCCAUGCCGACUGUAUAGAAGUUGGCCCAGUUGCAUGUAUGCCAGAACCUCCAGAUCCUCGAGACCCAGCUCUGCAAAAGCAAAACAGAGCGUUCCGUUUUGCGCUCAUGUAUUUGGGCUCGGUCCUGGUGUUGGUCGGAUACUCGUUGCUAUAUGGACUCACUGCACGGAAAGCUCGCUGGCUUGGAGGUGUUACGUCAGCUGCCGUGAUGAUCCUGGAUGCCAAUGUCGGAGCGUGUUUGUUUGGCUUCAAACUUCUCAAAAGCCCCGUUGUGGCACUCGUUGUGGCUGGACUAUAUCGAGUUAUUCUCAUCGGUUUCGGUGUUUAUUACUGGUAUCUGGGACAUUGUAUAAGUUAUGCUGUAGUCGCCACAGUCCUCUUAGGUGCAGCUGUCAGACGACAUCUGGAGGUAGUGAGUCCUUCAGCUGCCAGGAGAGCUGCUCUUGAGCACACUGUCGUUCGGCUCAGAGAAGGAUUUCGCAAGAAAGGACUCGGCAGUUCUUCUAGUUUUUCUGAUGGCCGUACUUCAAGUGCGAUGCGUAGCAGUAGCGUUGAGGCUGCUCAGCUAGGUGUUGCGCUAGAAGCCAUGAGCAGAGCAGGUAUGAGAACAGGCGAAGGACCUUACAGUGGGCUUCCGAACCAGCAUCUUGGAUCCGUUGCAGCUCAGCAUGGUGCAAUUGGGGUUAUUGAGGAAUGUGCCGAAGAUGGAAGCUCUCCCAUGCCAGAUGAAACUGACAGGGCCGUUGUCAGGCAGCUUGGAGUCGGACAAGUGUCCGAGGAUAAGGGUCCGACACCUAGACAGACCACAACCUCAGAUACGGAUGCUGGACUUAUUUCAGGAGAUCGACAAGGGUUGUCAGAGCGUUACAGACCAAUCUCGCAUGGUCCGGACUUCGGGCACAGUCAUGGGCAUAGUCUUGAGUCAUUUUCAAGUAUUGUAGGUCCUUUGGAUCAGCUUGAUCACCUGGCGCUGAUGUUUCAAGAACGCCUGAAUGAUCCCCGUAUUAUGGCGAUGCUUAGGGGGAGGAGAGGAGCAGAGCAAGAUCUCACAUCACUCCUUGAAGACAAGGGUUUGGAUCCGAAUUUCGCCGUAAUGCUUAAAGAAAAGGGACUCGAUCCAACACUUUUGGCCUUAUUACAACGAAGCAGUUUAGAUGCCGAUAGAGACCAUAGGGACAAUACAGAUCUAGGAACUGGCGCAAACCCAUCGCAAGAUGCUUCAUUGCCCGAGGAGGGCAUAACUUGGUCGGAGGAGUUGAGGAGGAAGCAAUGGGAGAAAUGGGUGCAUCCUAUCCGAUUCCUUGUACAGUUGUUUGCUGGAACACCAGAGCGUGCUUGGGUUCUUUUUAGUGUAUUAUUUGUCCAGGAAACCAUUCUUAUCGCAAUCUUCCGACCUCAAACCGUCACCGUGAUAAAUGCUUCACAUGAGCAGUUCGAGUUCGGUUUCUCAGCACUGCUUUUGUCCCCAGUUCUAUGUUCCAUCAUGGCUUUCUUCCGAGUAAUGAAAGCUGAAAACAUGUGCCUUAACUCGAGAGCACGGAAGUAUGGAGUGGUGGCAUGGCUUCUAAGUACGUCUGUAGGACUCUUGCUCGCGUUUCUCAGCAAAUCAUCGAUCAUUCUUGGCCUGGCUUUGGCAGUGCCACUAAUCGCAGCCUCGCUGUCCAUGGCACUGCCACUCUGGGUACGGAAUGGAUAUAGAUUUUACAAGCCAAAGGCGUCUGACUCGCAAAGUGACGGACCACAAUCUUCCCAAACAAAGGGCAUGUGUGGGCAGGGAGAGGACAUUCCGAUGACUCUAGCGAUCAUCACAUGUGUCGGUUCGAUUAUCGGACUUGGUCUCCUCAUAUCCUUCAAGCCUCUUGAUGACCUGAGCUACUCGGGAUGGAGUGGUCCACAGCCAAGCUCAAAUUCUCCUUAUGCGUCAUCAUUCUACUUGGGUUGGGCUAUAGCAUCAGCGUUAGUUUUGAUCUUAACCGGGAUACUUCCAGCAGUUUCUUGGUUUGCAACAUACAGGUUUUCUUUCUCCUCGGCCGUGUGCGUCGCAAUUUUUAUUGUUGUUCUGGUGACAUUUUGUGGGGGUUCAUAUAUGGGUAUCGUGCAUGCUCGAGACGAAAGAGUGCCGGUCCAGGCAGAUUUUAUUGCAGCCUUGUUGCCUUUGGUGUGCAUUCCGGCCGUUUUUCUACUGGGAUGUGGUCUUUACAAAUGGAAAGAUGAGGGCUGGCAACUCUCACGUGGAGUUUAUGCCUGUCUGGGGGUUGGAUUACUCUUACUACUGGGAGCAAUAUCUGCCGUAAUUGCCAUGAUAGAUCCUUGGAUGGUGGGAGUAGCGUUUCUCCUUUUUCUAAUCAUGAUGGUCCUUACCAUUGGAGUAGUCCAUCAUUGGGCUUCCCACAAUUUUUAUCUCACUCGUAUGGAGACUAUUUUAGUGUCUUUGGCAACAUUUGUUCUGGCCUUGGCUGCGUUCCUGGUUGGAUUGCUUGCAGAUGAACCGUUUGUCGGCGCUUCUGUUGGGUACUUCGCGUUUCUCUUUCUCGUGGGUGGCAGAUCUCUUACGGUGUUGUUAUCACCACCAGUCGUUGUCUAUUCUCCACGAGUUCUUCCGGUUUAUGUUUAUGAUGCACACGCAGAUUGUGCAAAAAAUGUCAGCGGAGCCUUUCUCGUGCUCUAUGGAAUUGCUCUUGGAACUGCUGGAUGGGGCGUUGUUGCAAGCUUGGAGAUCUAUCCUCCCUUCGCUGGUGCUGCCGUAUCGGCCACAACUCUGGUUGUGGCCUUCGGGUUUGCGAUUUCUCGACCUCAAUCUACACUGAAGAGGAUGGAGGACGCUUUGCAUUUCUUGAAGAAGGAUACUGUUGUCCAGGCUAUAGCUCGUUCAUCUACCAAGACAAGAAACGCUUUGUCUGGGACAUACUCCGCCCCUCAAAGGUCAGCGAGCUCCGCUGCAUUAUUGGUUGGAGACGCAGCUAUGGCUCGAGAUAAGGCGGGAAACUUUGUGCUUCCAAGAGCUGAUGUGCUGAAGCUACGAGAGCGUUUACGAAACGAAGAAUUAGCAGCUGGUUUAUUCUGGUGCAAACCUGGUGUCGGCUUUAUUCGACAUGACUCCACCCUGGACGUCGGAUACAGAAGAAAACUAUGUGCCCAUGCCCGAAUUCUGGCUCUGGAAGAAGCCAUCGAUACGGAGUGGGUCUAUAUGUGGGACAAAUUCGGUGGCUAUCUGCUUCUAGUUCUUGGACUAGCUGCGCGUGCAGAACGUGUACAGGAUGAAGUCCGCCUGCGACUGUUUCUGGACAGUAUUGGAUCAUCUGAUCUAAGCGCGAAAGAGAUUAAAAAAUGGACAACAGAGGAUAGAAAGCGAUUUGAAAUGGUGCAAGAAGAUUACUUGCGAGAGAAAGAAAUGGAAGAGGAGUUGAUGCAACAACGUCGUGAAGAAGAAGGAAAAGGAAAGGAACGAAGAAAAGCUUUGUUGGAGAAAGAAGAACGAAGGCGCCGAGAAAUGGAAGCGUCAGUUAUUGCAUCGGUCCCAGAUAUAGGCUCUAAAGAGGCGGCAGCGAUGGCGGCUGCUGUCCGGGCUGUGGGUGGUGAUGUCCUGUUUGACGAAAGCAAAGCGGUAGAUCAGGUUUCAAGUAUUGCUCGACGAUAUUUCGUGGCGCAAAGAGCUCGACGAGCACAGGAGACUGGUGUAGCAGGAGCUCAGUGUAUAAUCGACGAUGAGCCACGGUCAGUGCCAAGGCCAUGUGGUGUCCUUGAUCCUUCUCUUUGCGGGAGUCGGAAAGUAACCUUCUCAGCGGCUGUCCUGGUUCAGCCCGAAUCGGGUCCAAUUUGCUUGAUGGGAUCAGAAGCUCAGCAACGUAUUUGCUGGGAGAUCUUUAUUGCUGGAGCUGAAGAAGGUUUAGAGGCUGGACAAGUUGGACUCCGUCUUGUGGUCAAAGGUGCAGGGCAAACUACUUCUGUCAAAGAUUGGAACAUUGGCAAUACUUGCCUUCAUGAUGGCAGAUGGCAUACUGUGACGGUGACGCUCGAUGCGGAUGUUGGAGAAGCAGCUGCAUACUUGGACGGUCAUUUUGACGGGGAUGUUUUACUAGAUAACUUGAAUGGCUUGCAAUUACCUGCUGAGAAGGGCAUUUGGGAGGAGGGCACAGAGGUUUGGGUGGGAAUACGACCACCCAUGGACUUAGAUGCGUUCGGAAGGUCUGACAGCGAGGGGAACGAUUCAAGGAUGCAUGUCAUGGACGUGUUUUUGUGGGGAAGACUGCUGACAGAAGACGAGAUAGCGGCUGUUCACCAGAGUUGCAGUACCAGUGCAGAGGAAUACAAUGACCACAAUCUUCCAGAUGAUGACUGGCGGGGGUCACCAGUUGAAUCACCGCUGGAGGAUUGGGGUUAUGAGGCGUCGGAUCUUGACUUGUACGAUCGAGACGAGCUUUACUGGGACGAUCAACCUGCUAAUGGCAGGAAAAGGAAGGCUGAGAAAGAUACGAUGGCGAUUGACAUGGAUUAUAUAUCGAGAAAGAUGAGAAGACCAAAGAUUGAAACUCAGGAUGAAGUGACCCAGAGGAUGCGUGCUGUGGAGUUAGCUGUCAAAGAAGCUUUGGCUGCUCGUGGCGAGACUCACUUCACUGAUCAGGAAUUUCCACCAACCAAUCAUUCACUUCAUGUGGAUCCUGACCAUCCGAUGCCAAAGCUGCAGGUUGUGAGAGAGUGGCUACGCCCUGGUGCAGCAGUGAGGAAUGCAAGCCCUGUCUCUCCUCCUUGCUUGUUUUCAGGCCCUGCAAACGCUUCUGACGUGUGCCAGGGCCGAUUGGGUGACUGCUGGUUCCUCAGCGCUGUGGCAGUUUUAACAGAGGCAUCUAAAAUUGCCGAAGUGAUCAUUACUCCUGAAUUUAACGAGGAGGGAAUAUACACAGUCCGGUUUUGUAUCCAGGGUGAAUGGGUUCCCGUCGUCGUUGAUGACUGGAUUCCGUGUGAAGCUCGUGGAAAACCUGCCUUCGCUACCAGUAGAAAGGGCAAUGAACUGUGGGUUUCUAUCCUUGAGAAGGCCUACGCCAAGCUGCACGGAUCGUAUGAAGCGUUAGACGCAGGUGUAGUACAAGACGCCCUCGUGGACUUGACAGGUGGUGCAGGAGAGGAAAUUGAUAUGACGAGCCCACAAGCUCAGCUAGAUCUCGCCAGUGGAAGACUCUGGACCCAGCUUGUGCGCUUCAAGCAGGAAGGAUUCCUUCUUGGAGCGGGUAGUCCUUCCGGUUCAGACGCACAUGUCUCCUCAAGUGGAAUUGUGCAAGGGCAUGCCUAUUCUCUGCUACAGGUUUGCGAAGUCGACGGGCACAAGCUCGUGCAAAUUCGAAAUCCGUGGGCAAAUGAUGUGGAGUGGAACGGUCCUUGGUCUGAUCUGUCUGCCGAGUGGACGGAUAGGAUGAAGCACAAACUUAAGUACACACCUCAGGCAGCAGAUGGCGUCUUUUGGAUGUCAUGGCAAGACUUCCAGCUUCAUUUUCGUUCUCUCUACGUUUGUCGGAUAUAUCCUCCUGAAAUGAGGUAUUCGGUGAGAGGACAGUGGCGCGCUUCGUCUGCCGGUGGAUGUCAAGACUACGAAACGUGGCACCAAAAUCCUCAAUUCCAUCUGAAGGCCGUUGGCCCAGACGCUCGACUACCAAUCCAUGUAUUUAUUACCCUUACGCAGGGUGUAGGCUACUCCUCAAGAAGCCGGCCGGGCUACAGGAACGUGCAGUCGGGUGGCGACUCUUCGUUGUUUUAUAUUGGAAUGAGAAUCAUCAAAACGUUAGGAAGGCGAUCGGGUCCGAAUAUCUACAUGCACGAGGCUGUUACAGGGACCGAUUAUGUAAAUACGCGGGAGAUUCCAUGUGAAAUUGUUUUGGCGCCUGAUCCUGAUGGGUACACAAUAGUUCCCACCACCUACGCUCCCGGUCAAGAAUGCCAUUUUACGCUGUCGGUGUUCACGAAGGCUGCUAUUACUCUUGAACCCCUAUAACAUUUGGCGGAGGGUUGAUUGGCAUUGUUAGGAUCGAGACCUUGGACUCUUUGAGACCAGUUACACACCAGUGUAAUUAGUUGUUCAUAAGGGGGACUUUGGACUCAACAACACGUGCAAGGGCUGCCUGUGAUGCAGGGAACCACCUCAUUGAAAAGACAUCUCACUGCUGCAAUAUGAAGCGGUCUCGGAAGCUUUUAAACUUUGCAAAGAGGAUGAUGUCGAUCACCUGGGUUAAAAGACAAUACAGGCUGCACGAGAGCUUUUUGUAGAGGAAUGGACUUCUGUUGUUGCUCCCUUUGUAAAUCAUCAUGUUAUCAGGAUGCUUCUGAAGUAAAGCUCUCUUUGAGAAGGGCCGCAACUGAAAGUGCAUUUGAUGAUUAAAGAGCUUUUAAGAGUCAAAUGGUCCAGCUAGAGAAGCGAGUUGUAUUAGUCACUGACUUUGACACGCUGUACAGCAGUCACAGUUUGGACUCUAUCACUAUCCAUCGAAUAUGUUUCGUCCCAAUAUAUGAAGCAAGCGUCAGUUUGCGGAUCGAUGCUCAUCCUUCCCGAUACACACAACUGGGCACCUUAUCUAGUAGCUUCUUGGAGAA